UGGGUUCUCCCCCAACGCCUGACCUGCGUUUACUGGGCAGAGAGCAGGAGAGGGAGCGCGCAUUCGGAGCAGGCUGCUCUGACUGCAACCACAGGCUGUUUCGUGCAGGCUGUCCCUCUCCUUCAGAACCGUGCAUCCCCUCCCCGAAGCAGCAGGCACUGUGCCUCCAUUCAGCCACAUUUGGCAUGCACGAGCACGGCUGCAGGGAGAGGGGAGGUGGCUUUCUUAAGAAGGUUCAGUGGCUCAGGCAGAAGCCACUUGACGAGUCUCCCAAGUUCGAGGAAGCCUCUGCCCUGAUGGAAUCUGCAGGUGUGGAGGUGACCAUGGGAUGCCAGGACCGUGGGGCAUCGUUUAUUUUAUAGGCAUUGUUCAGGUUUUGCAGUUUCUGUUUUCCCGGUGGAAUUCGCAAGGGGUCAUGAAUCAAACUGAUGCUCCUCGACCCCUAAACUGGACCAUCCGGAAGCUGUGCCACGCAGCCUUUCUCCCGUCUGUCAGACUUCUUAAGGCUCAGAAAUCCUGGAUAGAAAGAGCAUUUUAUAAAAGAGAAUGUGUUCACAUCAUCCCCAGCACCAAAGACCCCCAUAGGUGUUGCUGCGGGCGUCUAAUAGGCCAGCAUGUUGGCCUCACUCCCAGUAUCUCCAUUCUUCAGAAUGAGAAAAAUGAAAGUCGCCUCUUGCGAAAUGACCUCCAGUCUGAGAAGUGGUCCAUCAGCAAGCACACGCAGCUCAGCCCGACGGAUGCUUUUGGGACCCUUGAGUUCCAAGGAGGAGGUCAUUCCAACAAAGCCAUGUACGUGAGAGUGUCUUUUGAUACAAAACCUGACCUCCUCUUACACCUGAUGACCAAGGAGUGGCAGUUGGAGCUUCCCAAGCUUCUCAUCUCAGUUCAUGGGGGCCUACAGAACUUUGAACUCCAGCCAAAACUCAAGCAAGUCUUUGGGAAAGGCCUCAUCAAAGCUGCCAUGACAACAGGAGCGUGGAUCUUCACUGGAGGGGUUAACACAGGUUCUCUCUCCCUCCUUUAUCUAAGUAGUUAUUUCCCCACCAAGAAGAACAUUUUACACUACGUGAGAGUGUCUUUUGAUACAAAACCUGACCUCCUCUUACACCUGAUGACCAAGGAGUGGCAGUUGGAGCUUCCCAAGCUUCUCAUCUCAGUUCAUGGGGGCCUACAGAACUUUGAACUCCAGCCAAAACUCAAGCAAGUCUUUGGGAAAGGCCUCAUCAAAGCUGCCAUGACAACAGGAGCGUGGAUCUUCACUGGAGGGGUUAACACAGAUUGUGGUGAAUACGUCAGCUUGGCCCAGAAUGGUUUUCACUCCUUUAUUCAUUUGAAAGUUGUCCGGCCAUAUCAGACCAUGUCCAAUCCCAUGAGCAAGCUCACUGUCCUCAACAGCAUGCAUUCCCACUUCAUUCUGGCUGACAAUGGGACCACUGGAAAAUACGGAGCAGAGGUGAAGCUGAGGAGGCAACUGGAAAAACAUAUUUCCCUCCAGAAGAUAAACACAAGAUGCCUGCCGUUUUUCUCUCUUGACUCCCGCUUGUUUUAUUCAUUUUGGGGUAGUUGCCAAUUAGACCCAAUUGGAAUCGGUCAAGGCGUUCCGGUGGUGGCUCUCAUCGUGGAAGGAGGACCGAACGUGAUCUCGAUUGUCCUGGAGUACCUUCGGGACACCCCUCCCGUGCCGGUUGUGGUCUGUGAUGGGAGUGGACGGGCAUCUGACAUCCUGGCAUUUGGGCAUAAAUAUUCAGAAGAAGGCGGACUCAUAAAUGAAUCUUUGAGGGACCAGCUCUUGGUGACCAUCCAGAAGACUUUCACAUACACUCGGACCCAGGCUCAGCACCUGUUCAUCAUCCUCAUGGAGUGCAUGAAGAAGAAGGAAUUGAUUACGGUAUUUCGGAUGGGAUCAGAAGGACACCAGGACAUUGAUUUAGCUAUCCUGACAGCUUUGCUCAAAGGAGCCAAUGCCUCGGCCCCAGACCAGCUGAGCUUAGCUUUAGCCUGGAACAGAGUCGACAUCGCUCGCAGCCAGAUCUUUAUUUAUGGGCAACAGUGGCCGGUGGGUUCUCUGGAGCAAGCCAUGUUGGAUGCCUUAGUUCUGGACAGAGUGGAUUUUGUGAAAUUACUCAUAGAGAAUGGAGUAAGCAUGCACCGUUUUCUCACCAUCUCCAGACUAGAGGAAUUGUACAAUACGAGACAUGGGCCCUCAAACACAUUGUACCACUUGGUCAGGGAUGUCAAAAAGCGAGAAUAUCCAGGUUUCGGUUGGAUCUAUUUUAAGGGGAACCUGCCCCCUGACUACAGAAUCAGCCUGAUCGACAUCGGCCUGGUGAUCGAGUACCUGAUGGGAGGUGCUUAUCGGUGCAACUACACGCGCAAGCGCUUCCGGACGCUCUACCACAACCUCUUCGGCCCCAAGAGGCCCAAAGCCUUGAAACUACUGGGAAUGGAGGACGAAGUCCCCUUGCGGAGAGGAAGAAAGACAACCAAGAAGCGGGAAGAAGAGGUGGACAUUGAUUUGGAUGACCCUGAGAUCAACCACUUCCCAUUCCCUUUCCACGAGCUGAUGGUGUGGGCCGUCCUGAUGAAGCGGCAGAAGAUGGCCCUGUUCUUCUGGCAGCAUGGCGAGGAGGCCAUGGCCAAGGCCCUGGUGGCCUGUAAGCUCUGCAAAGCCAUGGCUCACGAGGCUUCCGAGAAUGACAUGGUCGAUGACAUCUCCCAGGAGCUGAACCACAACUCCAGGGACUUUGGCCAGCUGGCUGUGGAGCUCCUGGACCAGUCCUACAAACAGGAUGAGCAGCUGGCGAUGAAACUGCUGACGUACGAGCUAAAAAACUGGAGCAAUGCCACCUGCCUGCAGCUCGCUGUGGCUGCCAAACACCGUGACUUCAUUGCACACACAUGCAGCCAGAUGCUGCUCACAGAUAUGUGGAUGGGCCGGCUCCGGAUGCGCAAGAACUCAGGCCUCAAGGUAAUUCUGGGAAUUCUACUUCCUCCUUCAAUUCUCAGCUUGGAGUUCAAGAACAAAGACGACAUGCCCUAUAUGUCUCAGGCCCAGGAAAUCCAUCUCCAAGAGAAGGAGCCAGAAGAACCAGAGAAGCCCACCAAGGAAAAAGAUGAAGAGGACAUGGAACUGACAGCAAUGUUGGGACGAAACAACGGGGAGUCCUCCAGAAAAAAGGAUGAAGAGGAAGUUCAGAGCAGGCACCGGUUGAUCCCCCUGGGCAGAAAAAUCUAUGAGUUCUACAAUGCACCCAUCGUGAAGUUCUGGUUCUACACUCUGGCGUACAUCGGAUACUUGAUGCUCUUCAACUACAUCGUGUUAGUAAAGAUGGAACGCUGGCCUUCCACCCAGGAAUGGAUCGUCAUUUCCUAUAUUUUCACCCUGGGAAUAGAAAAGAUGAGAGAGAUUCUGAUGUCAGAGCCAGGGAAGUUGCUACAGAAAGUGAAGGUUUGGCUGCAGGAGUACUGGAAUGUCACAGACCUCAUAGCCAUCCUUCUGUUCUCUGUGGGAAUGAUCCUUCGGCUCCAAGACCAGCCCUUCAGGAGUGAUGGGAGGGUCAUCUACUGUGUGAACAUCAUUUAUUGGUACAUCCGUCUAUUAGACAUCUUCGGCGUGAACAAGUAUUUGGGCCCAUAUGUAAUGAUGAUUGGAAAAAUGAUGAUAGACAUGAUGUACUUUGUCAUCAUUAUGCUGGUGGUGCUGAUGAGUUUUGGAGUCGCCAGGCAAGCCAUUCUCUUUCCCAAUGAGGAGCCAUCAUGGAAACUGGCCAAGAACAUCUUUUACAUGCCCUACUGGAUGAUUUAUGGGGAAGUGUUUGCAGACCAGAUAGACCCUCCCUGUGGACAGAACGAGACCCGAGAGGAUGGCAAAAUAAUCCAGCUGCCUCCCUGCAAGACAGGAGCCUGGAUCGUGCCGGCCAUCAUGGCCUGCUACCUUUUGGUGGCCAACAUCCUGCUGGUGAACCUCCUCAUCGCCGUCUUUAACAAUACAUUUUUCGAGGUAAAAUCCAUAUCCAACCAAGUGUGGAAAUUUCAGAGGUACCAGCUCAUCAUGACUUUCCACGAAAGGCCGGUUCUGCCCCCACCUCUGAUCAUCUUCAGUCACAUGACCAUGAUAGUCCAGCAUCUGUGCUGCCGGUGGAGGAAACACGAGAGCGACCCCGACGAAAGGGACUACGGCCUGAAACUCUUCAUAACUGAUGAUGAGCUCAAGAAAGUCCAUGAUUUCGAAGAGCAGUGUAUAGAGGAAUAUUUCAGAGAAAAGGAUGAUCGAUUCAACUCAUCCAAUGAUGAGAGGAUACGGGUGACUUCAGAAAGGGUGGAGAACAUGUCCAUGCGGCUGGAGGAAGUCAACGAGAGAGAGCACUGCAUGAAGGCCUCGCUCCAGACGGUGGACAUCCGGCUGGCGCAGCUCGAGGACCUCAUCGGGCGCAUGGCCGCGGCCCUGGAGCGCCUGACAGGUCUGGAGCGGGCUGAAUCCAACAAAAUCCGCUCGCGGACCUCGUCGGACUGCACAGACGCAGCGUACAUCGUCCGCCAGAGCAGCUUCAACAGCCAGGAGGGCAACACCUUCAAACUUCAAGAGAGCAUAGACCCUGCAGGUGAGGAGACCAUGUCCCCAACUUCUCCAACCCUAGUGCCCCGUAUGCGAAGCCAUUCUUUCUAUUCAGUCAAUUUGAAAGACAAAGGUGGUAUAGAAAAGUUGGAAAGCCUUUUUAAAGAAAGGUCCCUGAGCCUCCACCGGGCUACUAGUUCCCACUCUGUAGCAAAAGAAUCCACAGCUCCCAUAGCCCCUGCAAACACCUUGGCCAUUGUUCCUGAUUCCAGAAGACCAUCUUCGUGUAUAGACAUUUAUGUCUCUGCCAUGGAUGAACUCCACUGUGAUACAGACACUCUGGACAAUUCCGUGAACAUCCUUGGGCUGGGUGAGCCAAGCUUUUCGGCCCCAGGACCCUCCACAGCUCCUUCAAGUAGUGCCUAUGCAACUCUUGCACCCACUGACAGACCUCCAAGUCGGAGCAUUGAUUUCGAGGACAUCACCUUGAUGGACACUAGAUCUUUCUCUUCAGACUAUACCCACAUCCCAGAAUGCCAAAACCCCUGGGACACUGACCCUCCAACGUACCACACCAUCGAGCGUUCCAAAAGUAGCCGCUACCUAGCCACCACACCCUUUCUUCUAGAAGAGGCCCCCAUAGUGAAAUCUCAUAGCUUUAUGUUUUCUCCUUCGAGGAGCUAUUACGCCAACUUUGGGGUGCCCAUGAAAACAGCAGAAUACACAAGUAUUACAGACUGCAUUGACACCAGGUGCGUCGGCGCCCCCCAAGCAGUUGCAGACAGGGCCGCCUUCCCUGGCGGUCUCGGAGGCAAAGUGGAGGACUCUGCUUGCUGCCAUCCCGAGCGAGAAGCAGAGCUGAGUCACCCCAGCUCUGACAGUGAGGAGAAGGAGGCCAAAGGCCAGAGAGUCACCGCUGUGAUGCCCUCCCAGGAGAGCUGCGACUCAGACCGAACUUUGUCCAACAGUAUCGUGGUUCCCAAGACAGAGCGCGCCAACAGCUACUCGGCAGAGGAGCCGAGUGCGCCACACGCGCCCACCAGGAAGAGCUUCUCCAUCAGCGACAAACUCGACAGGCAGCGGAACACAGUGAGCCUGCGAAAUCCCUUCCAGAAGAGUAAGUCCUCCAAGCCGGAGGGCCGAGCGGACAGCCUGUCCAUGCGGAGACUGUCCAGAACAUCCGCUUCCCACAGCUUUGAAAGCAAGCACAACUAAACCUUCUGAAUAAGUGUUGCGGGAGGCUCGCGCAUCCAGCCCUAAAACUCCCCCCGAACUCCACCGGUUCCCCUUCCUUGAAACAUACCUGCUUCAUUCCUAGCUGAGCAAAGCAAGCAAUGCCUUGGGAGGAGUUAACUCAAAGGUGACUUCUGGGCCACAGGUCAAGAAAGCACUUGAUCUGGCCCAGUACCGAACACAGGGAUUUAAGUCACCUUCACUCUUGAUUUGUUGGGAGGGGAAGGCGAGGGAGAAGAAGGGUUGAGGUAAAUGUGUACCUCUGGUCACUUCAGAAAGCCAUGAGCUUUGGGAAUGAAGGGGCUGCAAGCACUUUCCAUGCCAGGAGGCAUCUUUCCAUGUCUGACCAUGACCAAGCAUUUUAGGAUGCAGGGCUAAAUUGCAAAAUAAAAUAAAAUAAAAAAGUAGCCAGCAUACAAAUGAGAUAUUCUAAACUUCAAUUCUGUUUUCUUUUCACAUUGGCUCCAUCACUGGUGACCGAUGAAGAGCAUCCUUUUUAUUCAGUAUAAGCCGGCAGCCAGCACUUCUACCUAACGUCCCACAUCCUUCUCAUGCCAACACUUCUGUAAUUGAUCAUUAUAAAGAAAAAACAAGGUAACAGUCAUAGUUCACCUGUCUCUUAUUAUAUAUUCACUUCUGGUGCCACAACUGUCUAUCUUUUUUGAAGAAAAUAAAGGGAAAAGAAAUACCUUUUUGUAUUGCAAUCAAAAUGAAAGAAUAGAUGUUAAAAAUAAAUGUCAAGUGGUUUAUUAUAUACAGUGGGCAUUCAAGUAUAGUCAAGCAAGCUCAGGAUGAAUGCAAUUAAUUUUAUAUUUUUUAAUUUAUUUUCUAUCUCACCUAUCAUCAAUGAAGUCACUCACUGAAUAUGUAAUAGUGAACAAAAAAUGCUUAGUGAACACAGCCCACCCAGAACUGCCAGAUGGGACAUUGUUAUGUUCUUCCCAUUCAUGUUAUGUGUUAUGUUGCUGUGUGACCUCCAUCAUUUGCAUGACUCCCCUGUGUCUCUGAACAUCUCCAAGAUGUGACUGCCAAUUUUCCACACCAUUCAUCACACGACCAUUUUGUAUGUGAAUAUCUGGUUACAUGUGUAUAUUUUCAUAUCUAGAGUUUUGCCAUUUAAUCUGAGCUCAGCAUAAAUUCAAUUGGAGUUUUUCAAGGGCUGGCAUCUUUUUUAUGAGAAUGUUCCAAAGUACUUUUUAAGGAAGUUUCAAAACCAUAAAUAACCUUAGAACUGACUAGGAGUUUGGUAGCCACCCAAAGCCAUCAGUUGCAGGCAUACCAUGAAUGUUUUUCUCAUAUACAGAGCUAUAAAAAAGAUACAGUAGACUAAAAUAGAAAGCAAAUAAACCACAUAAAGAGCUCUAUAGUAUAUGCUGCUUAUAUACAUAUAUAUAUAUAUAUAUAUGCAUUUACUCAGAGAGACAUGUUUAUGCAUAGUAUAUAAACAGACAGAGCUUUCUUAAGAGGUUUGGACUUUUCUGUCACCUUGAGGUAUAACCAGGAUAUUUUUACUAUCCAAGGAGUUUCAUUGAAAGAGUUUAUUAUAUUGGGUUUUGACAGAUACUGAAAUUAUGAUUUAUUAAAAUCUGUAUGACCUUAACUUUUCCUUCUGCCAAACUAGAGUUGCCAAAAUGCCUGGCUACCUGCCCUCUGUCCCUUUUUACUCUGGAAGCACUUGCUAUCAUGACAUCUCAUUUAGUCUGGUUUCUCCAGCCCAAAAUGAUUGCAGUCCAAAUAGUUAUGCAAUUCUAAACCUGAUAGUAAUAAGGACUUUAGAAUAGAGGCAUAGGCUUCUAGGUCUGAAUCUGGAUUUGAAGUGAGAGAAAGAAUUCCUGAUCCUCGAAUCUUCAAAUGUCUAUUUGGAUCACUGAUUUAAAAAAGAAUACAAUAUUUAAGGAAAAUGACUUCAUGUUCUGGGCUUCAAAUACUAUCUAGUUCUUUUGUUUAGUUGUAGUUAAUGAACUCCAAAUUUUCUCAUGAAGUGAAAUCAAGUAAAUAUGUGGACUAAACCUCUAGCCUUUAAAUUUUUUUUAAAAAUGAAAAACCCUCUGCAGAAGCUUUUUGGGUGUAGAAAUAGUGGUGAGGCCAUAUAUAAAGAAUUAAAGGAUUUCUUUUUCUUGAUAUUUAGGUGAAUUAGAAACAAGCAACCAGACUUCCUCAUAUGUAAUUGUUCUAGAAACGCUUACAUUUUUAUUGGGCUCCACAUUGGUUAUUUUCCCCUCAGCAAACAUGCAUGUGGUCUGAGGAUAAAUCUCUUGCCCUUAAAUUUCCUUGAGUCAUAAAUUUUUUUGAGGAUCUAAUGAAAGCUCUGGACCCUUCCCCCCACCACACACAAAAUGUACAUACAUGCAAAGUUGCAAUAUAACUUUAAAGGGUUCAUGCACCUCUGGUUCCAUAUUGAUUGACAAUGAGGAAGAGGAACUGUAUUUAUUCAUAAUUGCUGCAGUUGUAAUAGGCACUUUGUAUUUUGAGACCAUUGCUCUGUGAUUCUCAGGAAGGCCAAAUCUCAGCACAAGAGUUUGAACCAAGACUUUGUUACUUUCAUUCCUUAGAUUAGAUUUUGCUAGUUUGAUGUACUUACAUCCUACCGUUUUGGUGGUUUUUUAAAUGUGGAGCACACUCACAAAGGAGGAAGGCUUUCUGGGGGAGUCUGUAGAGGAAUCCAAGGAGGUGAAACCAUUCAUCUUUGACCACAGGGCAGGACAUCACAGCCCACCAGGGCCUCAUCCUGGACCAGACUGAAAAUGGGGGAAAGAAAUGAUGAGUGAGCACAGGUUUCCUUUCAGUUUCUGGGGAGAACAGAACAGGACCUGGGAAACAAAGUGCUUAACAGUCCUGACCUUGUGUCUACCUGGUUCUUUUGUUUGCAUGAAAAUGAAACUCUUGCACCUUUUGUAAAGUGUGUGAAAUAUAUAAGCCAAAUCUAAAUGACUUUAACACAAGCUAUGUAACUUUCAUGAGCCAUUUCGUUCCUGCGCACAUACAUGUAUGUUAUGUUUUGAUCCAUGUCUCUCCAUUUCUGGGUUCUCUGCACACCAAUGUGGCAUUGAUUCCGUGGCCUUGUACAGUCAGCUUGUGCGUAACUCAUUUAUUCCACCAUGUCCCUGAUCAGGGGGACGUUAAUUACCUGUCUCUGUGAAUUAAGCAGCUCAUGGGCAGCACAUUAUUGAGGAACAUAAAUAAAGUCACAGAGAGCUCAAGGAAGUAAUAGCUUUGGUUUAAUCAUCUGGUUCUAAGGUGCCAAUUUUUAUAUACUACCAUAUGUAAUGAUUUGCUCUAAAUUGCUUGUUCCUUUUGGAAAAAAUAAGGGUGUUUUAUGAACCUGACCAUGGAAAUUUCCUGAUUAACCAACAUACUUUAUAUUGAUAGUUACAAACUCCCUCCUCCAUGGAAUUAAAUGAGGAGCUGGAAAGCUUGCUCAGAGAUGUCAUGACUAGUUUGUAUAUUUCUCUAAGCUGAAAGGUAUAUUGCAAUCAGAAUGCAGCACUUUAAAGAAUUGGAUUUUUUUUUAAGUCUAAGCUUCCAGGUCUAGGAUAUUAUUUAGCACUUUGAAAGUUCCCCUUUA